AUGUAUAGCACGUGGAGCAUAUUUUGCAAUGUGGUGUGUUUAACACUGGUGGUACAGGGUCGCGGACAGGAAUCGGAACCAUGUUUUACGCCCAAUGGUACGGCCGGGCGCUGUGUAAGAGUGCGAUCCUGUGGCUAUGUGAUGGAUCUGAUGAGAAAGGAUCUCUUUACUUACAACGAUUCCGAGUAUCUGGAGAAGUUACAGUGUGGCACACGGCCCGACGGUAUGGCACUUGUUUGUUGUCCUCAGUUUGCGAACGAAGCGAACUGUGGAGCACCAGUCAUUGUCAGUCGGAUCACGGGAGGCAACGAUACCGACAUCGGAGAAUAUCCUUGGAUGGCUUUGUUACGAUUUCGAACCCGCAAUUAUAAGAUCACUGCAAACUGUGGAGGUUCGCUAAUUGCCAAGCGGUUCGUUCUGACCGCUGCCCAUUGUUACACAGCGGCCAAGAAGAAGGGAUGGGUUCCUCAGUCGGUGCGAUUAGCCGAAUGGAAUUUCAUGAACCAUCGUGGAAACAAAGACUGCAAGCAACUGGAGGAAUACGACAUACCGAUCUGUCGGAAGGACUACGAUGUGGAACGGUUUGUGGUUCAUCCCGACUACCACAGCAGCUACGGGAUAUACUUCAACGACAUCGCAUUGAUCGAGCUAGCGUCCGACGUGGAGUACACUGUGUUCGUGGCCCCAAUCUGUCUGCCAGUGGACGCAUCCCAUCUCGAACCGGAUGGCACGGAAACGGAGUAUACGGCCGCCGGUUGGGGUUCGACGGAUAAUGGUGAGUAUUCCGGAAUGUCGUACCAGCUGAAGCAGAUAAAUAUCCGGAAGUUUGAUUUGGAAAAGUGCAGAAAGCAGUUCCAGACACCCAAUGGCGACGGUGUCGGUGUGGAGCAUAUCUGUGCCGGUGGUGUACGCGGCCAGGACACAUGCCACGGUGACUCGGGUGGUCCACUGAUGCAGUCCGUGCGUGGUGCGUGGUAUUUGGCCGGCAUCACCAGCUUCGGAUGGCCCCGCUGUGGUAAGGAAGGUGUGCCGGGUGUGUACACGAACGUGAACCAUUAUCUGGGAUGGAUCGCCCGGGAGAUGUACCGUGGCCGAAAGGUGUAAUGUACAAUAAAAUGUCCGCCCUACCAUCAUUAUCCAUUCGGGCGAGAAAUGGAGAUGUUGAUGGUAUUUGGGA